GCGCCGCGCGUCGCACAUCCGCAGUGCGCGUCGUGCAGGCUCGGUGUUUUGUGUGUCGCUGCGCGGCGAAGACGAAAGCGACGGUGAACGGAGCGACAUACGUGCGUACGCGCGCGCGCGCGCGCGCUGGCGUACCGACGGCACGGCAGCGCGAUUCUCCUGCUCCCGUGGUCGUCGAGCGGCAGCCUAACAGCUGGCCUAGCGUGGCCCCGGAGAUGACCGUGGCGGUCGGCGAGAGUCUUAGCGACGGUACGACGACCGCGAGCAGCCGGAAGCCCGUUGCGGGGAUGUGAACGCGCGCGCGCGCGCGCGACAGCGUAGCGCGUCGUCGCCCUGGCUGGAGACGACAGAGGGAGGACGCGCUGCGAGCACGACGUAGCGUUGCUACGCGGUGAACACGCAUCCAGAGGCGCGAGGAGCGCCGGCGGCGCCGAGGUGGUCCUAGCAGCGUGCCGCGCGAUGGCCGACUUCGACGCGAUCUACGAGGAGGAAGAGGAGAACGAGCAGAACCUGGAGGAGCACUACGUCACUAUGGUGCCGGACCCGAUCGUCAUCCGCGGGGCUGGCAAUAUGACGGUAUUCGGUCUCAGCAAUCGUUUCGAGUCGGAAUUUCCCAAUGGCCUCGUGUCCCGUGUAGCUCCAGAAGAAUUCAAAGCGACUGUUAUGAGAAUAAACAGUGUGUUGAAAAAGACUCUGCCUGUUAAUGUUAAGUGGUUGUUCUGUGGUUGCGUAUGCUGCUGCUGUACUCUAGGAUGUUCUCUGUGGCCUGUCAUUUGUUUGAGCAAGAGGACUCAGCAUUCACUAAACAAAUUAUUAGAAUGGGAAAACAGUAGGCUCUAUCAUAAACUCGGGUUACAUUGGAGAUUGGCGAAGCAAAGAUGUGACAGCUCCUCCAUGAUGGAAUAUGUUCUUUUAAUUGAAUUUAUUCCAAAGAUACCGAUCUACAAGCCCGAUUAAGUAAACAAUACGGAAGAUAUAUGCAAUUAGUAUUAAACGAAUACAUAAAUCUCGUGCGAGUAUACGGGAUGCGUGUCGCAACGAUUUGUAAGCAGUUUCAAAAACCGCUUGCGAUAAUACGAAGAAAAAGUUUCGCUCGGAAACUCUUCCCUCGAAUCGGGUGAGCAUCUCGUAUAUAGUCCAGCGUAAUUGCGAUUGAUGUGCAAAGAAAUGCUAAGAAGAUUAAGUGCCGCUACACGACGAUAUAGGUACUUCCUAGUACUUAUGUAACGCAUAUUUUUGUAAAUACCAUGAGUAGGAAUGCACAGUACAAUAAUUCGAGAUAACGAUGGCGUUUAGGUGGCGUUUUGAUUAUGCAGGAAAGAAAACAGCAGCUGUCUGUCCGAUUUAUACGAGAAGGAGGGACGUCGUAAGCAAGCGUUAGAUGAGUGUUUCUUUUACAUUCAUUUGGAAAGUUUAGGAAUAAGUGCGAUCUGUCUUAUUUUUUUUAUUAUUAUUAUUGCUAUUAUUAUCUGCCGCUGUUUCUUUCACUUUCGCAAUGGAUUUUUCACACCGAGAAACACGAAGCCCGAUAGCUUCUUUGCCAGUUCUGUUUAGUCGUGUAUACAAUUUCGAACCACUUUGCGAUAAGUUCCUUGCAACGUUCGGUACAAUCCGUACUCGUCAGGUAGAAAAUUGAAAAGCUUUCAGGUAAGAAAUUAAUCUGAUUCAGUACAACGAACAUAUAUUAAAGUACGGAUAAUAAAAGAACGGAGUACGCGACGAAGGAGAGGAGGACUAAUCUGUCGACAUGUGUGUUGCACGAUUCUUAACACACACGUACACACGCACGCGCCCAUGUUGUACAUACGUACAUACGUGUACAUAUAGAAGAAAAAAGUUAUUUUAACAAUAGGUUAAUUUCUUACCACGGUGAUAUUAGAAAGUAUGGUACGUAAAGCGCAGCGCUUUACUUCCCGAUGCAAAUUUGACGAGAUAUUUUAACACGAGAGUGAAUUUUAUUAUUCGGAGUCGAGAAGAAACGGCACCCUGAGGUAUCGAGUGUAUAUGAGAGGACGCGUGCGAAGAGAGCGAAGGAGAGGAGGUAGCGAUCGCUGGUGGAAAAAAAAAAGAAAAAAAAACUGCAAUAUAUCGACGAUAAGGAGGAGGAAUUUUAAUCGCGAAACGCGGCGGUCUAUAAUAGGGCAAACAGUACGGCGGAGCGAUUGCGGACACGGAAGGACGGAGGAAGCUACCUUGAGCGAGCUCUUGUUUCGCAACGAAGGCCACCGUGUCACCGUGACUCUUUGUUCUUUGUUCUUUGUUCAUCGGUAUGAUCUCCCGUAUGCCGUAUCAUUAACACGUGCCGCAUCAACGUCGUAAGCCUUGCCGUUCGCGUCGUCUGAUGCCUUUAGAGCAAGAUACUCGUGCGGCAUCACGUGCGAUGAGUCGUCGGCGACGUGAAGCUGACCGAACACGUUGAACAGUGUUAUGCGCGUCCGCGUAGAAAAUUGCUCGCCGAUGCGUGUUGGUUUCCCGGUUGGUCCUGCGACCUCGCAGAGUCUCCCAAGUACUGUUUGCCCUGUUUUGUGUGAAUUAACCGCUCCCUGCCCGAGACGGGAUAGGAUAAGAUAGCGAGAUGUCAGCCGCCGACGCGCGGCUGUCGUGCCGGCGCUGUUUCACACUAACACUCCGAUGUGGUUCCGCACAGAUAUUUCUCUCCGCUAGAGCGACUUGUCUAACACGCGAUAAUUACCCGUGCGCGAUCGGCCGCGCGCUGCUGCAUUGUUUCCCACGCAUCUGUAUUACGAGGUAUCUGUAACGGGCGACUACGAGACCGAGCGAAUCGAGCCGGCCGUGGCGGGCGGCCGCGGGAGGCGACGAAGGAGCGAGAUUACGGUAGAGAGUGUGCGAGAGCUUGUGGAAAAAGGAGAAAAGAGGAGAAAAAAAAAAUAAUGCGCUGCAAGUGUUUCUGUUGCUGUUCAGUGGCUGUGAUCGAGAACAAAAGACUAGUUUCGAAUUUUUCGAAUGCGUGCCGCGGCACGAGCUACGCGCGACACCCGUGCUUUAUCUUGCGAGGUUCUACAUUUGCGAAGCCUUUUGUAGAAUACCGGAUUUCAUCUGUUCAUCUCUAACGUUUGUACUUAUCCCGUAGAGUAAACGAGGCCGAGGCGACAGGACGGCGUCCGCCGCGUCGUCCGCGUCAUGUAGCGUUAGUGAAGGGUGAUCUAUGCGUCGCCGCCAUAUCUCUGAUUUCAACCGCGAGCGCGUAGGUAUGAUCCAUCUCUGUCAUCAUCGAUAUCUCGAGGAGCAAGGGAAGAGAGAAGAAGUAGAGCGAAGAGAUGCACUUGUUCUCGCUGGAAAUACGGAGGAACGAUUACAUGUAUUCCCUCGACAAUCUGUCUGCUAAUUAACGCGUCGCUGCGGGCGAUCGCGGGUGAUCGAGCCGGCUCUGGGCAGACAUGGCGAGCGCGUCGCAAAGGUCAUCGAACGUGAUAUAAAAAGCAUAAUCAAGAGAUAUGCAAGGCGAAACAUCUGAAACAGGCCACAUGAGUAACUGUGAAAAUAUACAAGAUAGAAAAGAAUGUUAAAUACAGAGA